AAAUGAUUCGCCAGCUAAUGAUUUGGAUAUUUUAAUUAAGUCAACUAUAAUGAGUUGGAUAUGAGAAACACAAAACUGGUAUUUUGUAUUGAAAGGCAUUGGGUGCAGAUUCAGUAAUUUACCUAGCUAGCUUUGCGGAGAGCGCGCAAAUCAAGUGAGCUAGCUAGCUAGCUAACUUACAGCUGCUAGCAAAAGCUGGUUUCACAGACAGGCGAGAUGGACGGUGAUAAUCCCACCACCGAUGCCUCCCAGUUGGCCAUGGCCGGUGAAUACAUGUCGGAAAGCAACUACAUGCUCCAGUCUCAGGAUGACGAAGAUGGAGAGGACGGAAACGGAAGCAAGGAGAACUUUCGCGAGCAAGACAUCUACCUACCCAUUGCCAACGUGGCUCGGAUCAUGAAGAAUGCUGUUCCUCAGACAGGAAAGAUCGCUAAAGACGCCAAGGAGUGCGUUCAGGAGUGCGUGAGCGAGUUCAUCAGCUUCAUCACGUCAGAGGCCAGUGAGCGCUGCCACCAGGAGAAGCGCAAAACCAUCAACGGCGAGGACAUCCUGUUCGCCAUGUCCACGCUGGGCUUUGACAUGUACGUGGAGCCACUCAAAAUCUACCUGCAGAAGUUCAGAGAGGCGAUGAAAGGAGAGAAGGGGAUCGCAGGCAUGUCGAUGAGCGAAGGCCUAGGAGACGAGCUCACAGAUGACAGCUUCGCCAACCAACUACCUGCAGGAAUAAUAACAACGGAUGGGCAACAGCAGAACGUCAUGGUGUACACAACCUCAUACCAGCAGAUUCCUGGCGUGCAGCAGAUUCAGUUCUCCUGAUGGCUGACAGGACAGUGAGAAAUGGAAGUGUCUAAAUUGUGGGGUUUUUUUGUGGUCCCUGGUGUAUAUAUGCUAUUCAUCCUUUGGGGGGGGGGGCCUCAGUAAGUGGGUACAUAGAUGGGGACUAAUUGGGUUGUGUGUUAUUCCACUGAGUUUGUGAUUAUUAUUUGUAUGUGACUGGAGUUUUAUCCAAUUUUGGAAAUGCACAGUAUAAAGCAGAGGCUCUGUGUGCAUGUGUGUGUAUGGGACACUUUGAUUUUUCUUGUUUAAAAUAAGAUACUUUUUCCUUCCUCUGCAGCAGUAUGGGUGGGGGUUCUUAAUUUUGUACUGGAUCAUGUUAAUGUUUUUGUAAUAUGAGUGAGUAUUGUGUGAUUUCAUGUUAAUCCUUUUAAUAAAAAUGCAAAUAUGUUA